UUUACCAAGCACCCUUAGAUCGAGUCAGGAGAACCUUGGAGAACGUGUAAAUGGUGAGAAGGAAGUGGAUAGAAGAUAGAUAACGGGGAAGUUAAAUCGGGGUGGACCGAUCCUAGUAAGGUGUACGUAUCCACGAGCAAGAAGCUGAAACAUAUAGAUUCGAACGAAGAGUAGGGUUGAGACUAGAGAACGGGGGUUGAAAUCUGAUAAGACAAAUAGAGGAAAAUAUAGAAAAAGACCUGGAAACAUAGAGAAGAAUACAUAGGGAUAUAGAGAAUUAGGAACGUGAAGGUCUGGUUUUUUCUCCGAUAAGAGGAAGACAAUAAAAGGAGACGAUACAGUAGGUGAAAGAAGAGAGUUUGCCAAUUGACGCAAACGAAGGAGAGGAAAAGUAACGUAACUCCAAUGUAUUACGGUCCUCCUCGCGUGAACGAAGCCACAGAAAUAUGUCGUUACCACGAGAAUGGAGCCUGCAGGAUUCGGUUGAGCGUGAUGCUGUCGCCUGUGCGACAGCGUCGCAGGAGAUGGUCGGGACGACUGUCAUCGACGAGAAUAUGAAUCAACAGAACCAGCUGGGCUCUCUGUUGUCGAUACAUUCGGCGCCCGUGUUUGAUUUGAGCACCGGUGUACCGUCGCCUAAGAGGCCAGCCUCCUUGGCCGUGCAGGCAACAGCAACUUCAACGCCGAUUGUACCACCGCAUCUUCAAAGUCCAGAAACGAUCGAAGACGAGGAUAAUGACAAUCUCCUGACCAUAUCCAGUCUCACGGCCAGGCCAUUGAUUGCCAAAUCUCGGGAACUCCGAUCGACCAAGAGCUCUUGCACGAAAAAGAAUAAAGUUAAGAAAAAUGAAACGAAAAAAUUAAGGAACAUCACAUACGUUCCAUUAGACGGUGGUUAUGGUUGGGUAAUCGUAUUCGGGGCGUUUUUCGUUCAGUUUUGGGUAACUGGCCUGAUGAAAUCUUACGGGGUGUUAUACGUUGAGGUGAUGGAAACGUUCAAGGAUUCUACAGCAUCGGUUGCUUCCUGGAUACCAGCUAUCUUGUCCUGUCUUUGUCUCGCACUUGCUCCAGUGACGAGUAUGCUGUGCCAGAAAUACAGUUGUCGAGCGGUCGUUUUCGUCGGUGGAUUGUUCUGUGCUUUAGGACUUACAAUAAGUUACUUUGCCACAAGCUUAAUACAUCUCUUUUUUACAUUCGGAGUUUUAACAGGUAUCGGUGGUGGUCUGUCGACAACGCCAGGCAUCAUUCUCGUCUCUCAAUAUUUCGACAAGCACCGCGCCUUAGCGAACGGAAUAUGCGUAUCCGGCACAGCGGCUGGCAGUUUCGUGUUUCCACUUCUGAUCAAGGUUCUGGUGGAGAAUUUUGGUUUUCACGGUACCAUUCUUCUUCUCGGUGGUUGCAUGCUUCAUGUGUGCGUGAGUGCAACCCUGUAUCGGCCGCUGGAGAACAACUACACGCCGGAAGAGACAGCGAUGCCAGAGAAGGUGGAAAAGGUCAAGAACACAACAAAGGAAUUAGAGACGGCGAAACAACAGAAGUUAGAUUUAAUAUUCGCCAAUGACUCAACUACGAAACAUAAUCUGUUGAACGAAUUAUUUCAUCAGAACAGUGUGGUGGCAAUCGAGCUGACAGACAGCGACGAGGAGAAGGACGUGAUGGGCGAGGGACUUCGUAUGAAACCGAUUUCGAAGAUACGUAGCUCGAGCAUAUUGCACAGUGUUGAAGAUCUAUCCACCGAUUCCACGUGCGUAUACAAGGCCAGGUCGUCAUUAAGGUCCUUAAGGUCUUCGGUCACGGCGGUAUGUCCAGUUCCUCAGAACGAACCACAAGUGCCAGAGGAAAAGAAAACAGUGAUGCAGAGGAUAGCGCAAUACAUCGACUUGUCUCUAUUAAAGAACCCUCAAUUCAUCAUGAUGUGCUUUUCCGUUAGCCUGAUGUCCACCGGAAGCCCAUAUAUGCUUUAUUAUCUUCCGGCGUACGUUCAUGCUGCUGGUUACACGAAAUCGGAAGCUGGAUACUUGGUGGCCAUUUCCGCUGCACUUGAUUUAUGCGGAAGAUUGGGUCUUGGCUGGCUUUCGGAUUUGAAGCUUUUUGAUCGACGGAAAGGAUAUAUUGGAAGCGUUGUGGGUGCUGGUGUAGCAGUACUAGCAAUUCCAAUGGCCCAUUCUUUCUACGUACUAGCAUGUUCCGUAGGCAUGUACGGAUUAUGCUUGGGUUGUUGGUUUCUUUUGGUUCCCGUCCUUCUCGCAGACCAAUAUGGAACUGAUAAAAUAUCCUCUACUUAUGGUCUUGUUAGGAUGUUCCAGAGCGUCGGAGCAAUUUCUAUUCCACCUUUAGCAGGUUAUCUGCGUGAUGUAACCGGAAGUUACUCCGUAUGUUUUCUAUGCAUGGGCACGUGCAUGGUCAUGGGAGGUCUACCUCUACUCCUGGUUUUUAACGAAGUAUCGGAAUCAUCGAAGAUGACUGUUAAUAACGAGAACAGUAACUGUCAAAGAGAGGCGAUUGCAAAAGAAUAAAGAUAUUUUGCGAAUGUGAUUGAAUGUGUAAUAGAAAUCUAAUAAAUCACAACAUUUGUCGCUACAAUUAUUCUACUAUGAUGUAUUGCUUGGUUCAGUGUAUUCGAAAAGUUUACAUAAAAUACCUCGUUCGCGGCAGAAAAUGAAGAAUUGCGGCAGGUCCUGCGAUGAAAGAAACAAUCUUAGUAGGAAAUACAUAUUUUUCAUACAAACAGAUGUAAUUAAAU